UUAAAGAAUUUCGCAGCAUUUAUUUUUCUUUUUAAUUAUUGUACGGCUAAUGAAACGAAAAAUUUAAAGAUACGUACAUUGCCAGUUUAUGCAAUGUUAACAAACACAGAAAUUUUAAAUUCAACUCAAUGUCGAAACGAUCUUAUUCAAUUUCGAGAAGCUGUUGAUCGGCAAUUAAUAUGGAGCUUAAAAGUAAUCGAUGCGAGUGGCGAACCUACAUCAGGAUUCGUUUAUGGAAAUAAUUAUUGGUUAGGUAACAAAGGCCAGUGCGAAGAUGCAGGAAAUAGAAAUCCUUUCAUGUUAUCGGAAGAGAUAUUACAAAACAAUUCGAAAUAUCGUCAUAUCGAAUAUGAAUUUCCCCCUUUUGAAGUAAAAUUCUUUGUCGCUAAUUUUCGACAUAAUAGCACCUUACAAUAUCACAUUGCAGUACCUGACGAAGAUUUAAUCAUAUUAGGUAUGUGCUUACCAGCAUCCUGUUCGAAGGAGCAACUUUCUAUUCUCCUAGAAGUCUUGUUGAAAAAUAGAACUUUAUUUAAAGGCGAACUAUAUUCAGCUGACUUUACGUUAGUUGAAGUAAGAGAUCUAAUCGUUGAUCAUCGAUGGUUGUUCAGUGGAACAUUCAUUACAAUGACAGUAAUAGUCGUACUCACAUUCCUAUUAAUGAUAAUAGGAACAGGCUACGAUGUUUUGAUAUACCAAAAACGUUUCAAGAAAGACGAUAAUUACCUUCAAGUCCAAGAAAAUGAUAAUUCUCUACAUAUAGAUUCUACACAAACGCUAGAUGAUAAUGACAACGAUCAAAUGAAAACAUUAAAAUCCAGUAGUUUUUUUUGUAAAAUAUUUCAAGCUUUUUCCGUAUAUUCGAACUCUAAAAGAAUAUUUCAAAUGGAAUCGGAUAAUACUAAUGUAUCGAUUAUACAUGGAUUAAGAUUUCUUUCAAUGGUAUGGAUUAUUGUGAACCACACAGUCUUAUAUUCGAGGACCUAUUAUGACAAUAAACCAUUUGUUAUAAGAAGAUCAGAGGGUUUUGCCGAACAAUUGUCAUUUAAUGGAUUCAUUGCAGUUGAUACAUUUUUAUGUUUUGGUGGUUUUCUGGUCUCUUACUUGCAUUUAAAGAAAGAAAUGGACAAGAGUAUACGUAAACCCUAUAAUUAUUUAAAUAUAAUUAAAUUAUAUUUUCUUACUCUCCUAAAAAGGUUUAUAAGAUUGACACCUACUUACAUGAUAUUUAUUGGAUUAUUGCAAAUAAAUACAACGUGGUAUAGUAAAACUUCCCUCUUUUCCAUAACGGAACGUAACCACGAAAAUUGUCAAAAAUAUUGGUGGAGAAAUCUUCUUUAUAUUCAAAAUUUCUUUAGUUUCCAGGAUAUGUGUAUUAGUUGGAGUUGGUACUUGGCAGCCGACAUGCAAUUAUACGUGGUUUCAAUUUUCCUGUUAUUCUUAUCUUCAAUUUUUUUCAAAGUAGCAGCCAGUUUGUUGGGUCUGUUGUUUACCUCAUCGAUAAUUCUAACUGGCGUUUUAGCCUACAUUUAUGAUUGGACUCCAGCAUUGGACAAACAAAUCAGUACUCAAAGAAUAAUGUAUUAUUCACCAUGGGUUAGAAUAGGACCUUAUUUCGUUGGUGUUAUUACUGCAUAUAUUGUUGUUAAAUUAAACAAAAAAUUACAUUGGAAUAAGAAAACGAUAUUAUUAUUUUGGAUACUCAGCAUUUUGUGCAAUUUAUUGGUACUUUUUGGAAUAUAUCCGAACAGAAUGUCAGGUUUAACUGCUGCUGUUUAUGCUGCUCUUAGCAGAACAGUAUGGGCAAUUGGCAUAGCAUGGAUAAUUAUAGCAUGUUCUACGAACAAUGGAGGUAUAGUGAAUCAUAUUCUUUCGUGGAAAGGUUGGACACCAUUUAGUAAAUUGACUUACGCAGCCUAUCUUUUAAAUCCUUUUCUUAUAAUUUCUUUUACCCUUUUAAGUAAAACUUCCGUGCAUUUUGAUCCUCCAGUAAACGCAAUUUCUGGUUUAGGAUACGUAGUUUUAACUUACAUAUGUUCUUACGUUGCUUCGUUGAUGUUUGAAAUGCCAUACACUUUCUUGUUGAGGGAGUUGAUGGACAAGAGAAGAUGAUUCUUAUAACUACUAUCAUUAUUGUGAUACAUAAUUUACUUUAAGGGUUCAUUCUGGUUUAUCAUUUUGAAAAAAUCAAUUUUUUUUUUGCAUAUU